UCGUCUUCAUCACUCCUUCCCACCGCUUCUUCUCCUCACUUUUGCUUCAACGCAUCUGAGAAUCUAGACGUGUUUAAGUCAUUUACUCCUUCCUGUUGAUUUGCAAACAUGAAGAACUUCUGGACAGCUCUGAUCGCAUUCAGCGUCCUGAUUGCAACAGCACAAUGCCUGACGUGCCAGAAGUGUUCAGUGUCGGUAGGCGGGAGCUGUUUGGUUGGGAAAGGGGAGGUCACAUGUGCAGAUGGAGAGAGCUGCACCUUCUCAGAAGCAAGCUUCACAGCGAAGGGGUCACCCACUCUGCAUAGCAGGGGCUGCGUGGCCGCCACCUCCUGUGGGACCACAGCCACUGGCACCAUCAUCGGUGUUGAGUACACCAGCAAAUACGCCUGCUGCACCACAAACCUCUGCAACGGAGCCUCUGCUGUUCAGCUGUCUCUGACUGCCGGCCUCUGUGCCGCCAUCUUGUCCUCCCUGUGGGGAUUCAUAUAGUUCACCAUGAAACUUACAGAUUUUCAAAUGCUAAUCCUUUGAUUUUUCUUUGUUUUAAAUAUUUUUUUAUGCAUUAAAUGAAGUUUUAACUUAGUCUUAGGCUCCAGUUGGAACAGAUGGAAAAACAGAAAUGCAUAAAAUCAUUGUUUGUUUUUUUUUUGGUACUAAUGGGUUUCCUUAUUAGGGUUAAUAAAGUAUAUCUAAUCAAACAUGGAUAAUUUGUGCUAAUAAUUAUAAUAACUGAUUUUAUUUUUCAGAAAAUUUGGUUUUGCCUGCUGGAAAAAUAUUAAUUUUAGAUUAAAUCACUACAUUUGGUUCAGAUUUUGUUUUUUGUUGUUGUUUUUCCUCUGUGAUAAACGUUUGACCUUUGCCCUCUGACUGAUAACGCAAAAAAUAAUUUAAAUCAAUACAGAAAUAUGUAUUUAAUAAAAAAUAAUGAAGUUAU